CUUCUUUCCACAGAGAAUUCUUAUCAGAAGUUCGCACAUUUUGUAUUUUUGAGGUUAACUUUAUUAAAAAUCUCCCAUCGAAGAAAGGCGUGCGGUGAAAAUUUUCAUGUGUUCUCGAAUUACUGCCUAAUCAUAUUGUCUCGAACACUUACGGGGCCUUGUAAACUAAUCGUAAUCGGUGUUAGGAAGAACACAACCCUUCCGCUUUACAGGUCCGAAAAAACAUAAUUUGUGCAUUUUGCCGUCUGUCAGUGCGAUUAAAAUCUGAAUUGCAAAAAAAGAAAAACGUGAAGCGUGUGAUUGCAUAAAAAUGGAACAAAUUAUCAAAAAUCUUUUGGUUGCUGAUAAUGAUUUGAUACAACAGGGAACCGCCGAUUUGAAGGAAGCUUUCAAGCAUCCUGAAACUAUUCCCCAGCUAUGCGACAUCGCUGUCACCAAUAAGGAUGCCCAGGUGCGCCAAUACAGCGCUAUGCUACUGAAAAGGCAACUAGGAAAAUUGCGCCAUUGGCAGCAGGUCCCAGCCGACCAGCAGUCUCUAAUCAAGCAAGGAAUGUUGGAAGCUAUUGCCAAGGAACCGGAAAAGGCGGUCCGUAACGCGAUUGCGGGCUUUAUUGGGGUGUUAGUUCGACACGAAGCCGCCAAAGACGAGGUUUGGAUGAACGAAGUUCUUAAGUUUUUAUUCGAGAACACUAGCUCUAGUGAUCCGAAGGUGGCGGAAAUGGGCUCUGCCGCACUCUCUUCGAUAACAUCUGCAGCACCGGAUCAGUUUAUUCCACACUUUGAUGCUAUAUGUCAGCUGUUUUCGUCCGCAUUGAUGGCUACGGCGGCCAGCGGAAACAUGUCCACGCCAGUCGUACACAACAUCUUGCUAAGUAUGUCGAACAUGGUUUCGUUUAUAACUGGCCAUCCAACGGCAGAAAACACCUAUCAGGCGUCAAUUCCGUACAUAGUUAAAGCUCUCGCAGGUUUUGCCCAGCAGGACACGUACAAAUAUAUCGAAGCAUUUGAAAUUCUGGAAACUUUGGCUGACGAAUCUUCGCGAAUUCUUACUCCUCACUUGAAACUUCUGAUUGAGUUCUGUCUGCAGAUAGCACAGAAGAAUGAAUUGGAAGAUUCCGUGCGAGUGAAAUCCAUCACAUACAUUGGAUGGUUGGUCAGAUCGAAAAAGAAAAUGAUCAUUAAACAAAAACUGAUUGAGCCGAUUGUAGUUGAACUGUUUAAACUGAUGCGCGUUGCACCGGAGAUAGAGGACGAGGAUGAAGAAUACUUCGGCAGCAAUGAAGUUUGCACCCCUAGUACUUGUGCUGCUCAGACGCUGGACGUCCUAGCUUUGCAUAUUCCUCCGAAGCAGUUGAUUCCUACAUUGAUGGCGCUGUUGGAACCUGCUUUUAGAGGAAACGAUGCGCUCGCGAAGAAAGCCUCUUAUCUGUCAAUAGCUGUUAUCGCGGAAGGCUGCUCAGAGCAUAUAUGCAGCAAAUAUCUGAAACCUUUGCUGGAUAUUAUAAAAGCUGGAAUAACGGAUCCUAAUCCCAUGAUUCGCAAUGCGGCGUUGUUCGCCUUGGGGCAAUUUUCCGAAUACCUACAGCCGGAAAUAUCGCAAUAUGCCGAAGAAAUACUUCCGAUUCUAUUCGAAUUUCUGCAGCAGCUCCGCUUGCAAAUUCAUAGCGGUGGCAAAGAGCCAAAGCACAUUGAUCGCGUUUUCUAUGCCCUGGAGACGUUCUGCGAAAACUUGGAAGAUCAACUAACGCCCCAUUUGCCAAUUCUGAUGGAACGCCUUUUUGAAGCUCUGGACGCACGCAAUACCGUUCACCUGCGGGAACUUUCGCUAACUGCUAUUGCUGCAACUGCAAAUGCCGCAAAAACGAACAUGUUGCCAUACUUUCCCCGCUUAAUCGACCAGCUCAAAAUGUAUUUGGUCAAAACUGAAGAUGAAGAUAUUUGCACCUUACGUCCCCAGGCGAUCGAUACGUUCGCUGCGCUGGUCAGAACAAUUGGCAGAGAUAAUUUUCUACCAUUGGCGGUGGAUACGCUGAAUUUGGGCCUCACAAUGCUGGAUGGUUGCACCGAUCCGGAUCUACGACGAAGCUGCUACAAUCUUUUCGCAUCCAUGGCUGCUUCAGUCAAAGAAGACAUGGCCGGAUCAUUGAAUAAGAUUGUUGAAUCUAUGCUGGAGAGCGUCAAGAGUACAGAGGGAAUAGUACCAACGUAUAACGAUGAUAAUGAGGAUGGCCUUGUUCUUCCAAAUGGAGUUGAUGAAGAGGAAGAUGACGAUCAAGAGUACGACAUUGAAAAUUCCGACAACGAUAAUGAGGAUGAAGAUCUCGCUGGAUACAGUGUAGAAAAUGCUUUCAUGGAUGAAAAAGAGGAAGCCAUUCUGGCGCUGAUGGAAUUUGCGGAACACACUGGACCGGCAUUUGCACCGUUUAUCCAAACUGCCUUCGAAGAAAUCUAUAAACUAAUCAAUUAUCCGAGCGAAGAUAUUCGCAAAGCAUCGAUUGAUGCUCUAAAGCAGUUCGUAAUUUCUCUGCACGAGCUAGGAAACGUAGAAGGCGUGAAUCAAACGAUACUCAUACUCAUUCCUAAAUUGAGCCAAAUAAUCCGUACGGACGAAGAACGUUCGGUUGUCAUGGCUGCCUUGGACGCCUACAGCGACAUCAUGGAGAAAGUCGGUGCUGCUGCCAUUCAAGCUGACGGACAAAAGGAUGCGAUUUUCGGAUGUAUAGUCGAUGUUCUGAACGGUAAGGUAGCCUGUCAAUUCGAUGAACCGGUCGAUGAAGAGCAGGAAGAGAGUGAGUAUGAUGAAGCGAUCAUCGAAUCUGCUGGAGAUAUUUUACCCAAAUUCGGUCGUGCGUUAUCUUCGGCAGAAUUUGCGGUUUACUUUGGACGUGUUUGGCCUUAUUUCAUUCAAAAGAUAGAAAAAACGAAGCAGAAAGACGAAACGACAGACUCACAGCGCGCUUUCGCAAUAGGCGUUUUGUCCGAGUGUUUCAGCGGCCUUAAGGAGUUUACGGUUAACUGGUUCGAAACAUUGUUGCCAAUUUUCCUAUCGUGUGUGCAGGAUCGCAACAAUGAAGUGCGGAACAAUGCUGUGUACGGUAUUGGUGAAAUGGUUUUAAACGGGAAUGAAUGCUCAUACAAGCACUACCCACAAAUUUUGACAUCACUUUCCGGUGUAGUUGCUAAAGAGCAGCAUCCCGGCACGCUGGACAACAUUUGCGGUGCUCUGGCACGCCUGAUAACCACCAACAGUAGUUUAGUCCCAAUGAAGGAAGUUCUUCCAGUAUUCGUCCAAUAUCUGCCACUGCGGGAGGAUUUCGAAGAGAAUAUGGCUGUAUUCCGCAGCUUAGAUGUCAUCUACCGACAAGGAAACGACAAUUUGAUCCCACUGUUGGGUCGUGUUCUGAUCAUCGGACUACAGGUUCUGUACAAAAAACAACACAAUAAUGACGAUUGUCGCGACUUGGUGUUCAAUUUCGUGAAACAGAUCAGCAAGGACUUCCCCGAAAAGUUUGCCGAGGUUGUGCGCAGCGAUGCCGAGAUUGCCAACUUCGUUCAAACGCUUCCGCUCCAGUAGAAGACGGCGCGCGUGCAUUUAAUGCGCAAAUUGUACGUAUCAUAUAUUGACCCGUAUCUGCAAACCUGCGUGCGCCGUGUGGAAAUGAAAAGUGAGCAGCCACCUAAAACGUCCAACGGGGUAGCUAGAUUUGCAGACGAUGGUAGUCUGAAAUGAGUGAGAGCGGAACGGAACUGUGACACGCGGAGUCAAACUAGGGAUAUGAUGAUAAAGAUUGAGUGUUAAGCAUGCACGAACCUUUCCUCUAGAAUGUGGCAAAUAUCCAUAGAGCAUUUUACCUAUUCUAUAUACUAACAGAACGCAGUAUAUUACUCAAAACUCUGAUAAACAUUAUUUUCUAUUUGUUUUGUAACUCUAACCUAAUGUUAACAUCAAUAUGUUAUAGUUUAUUUAUUCAUCUUAGAAUAAUUUGUUUUGAAAACAUAAAAUGUGAGGUUAUUAUCCAAUAAUAAACUAUGUUUCCUAUAAUUUUUCACAAAUAAUGCAAACCUUGAAUCAAGCCAAUAUUGUCCAACGCAACAAUAAAAACCGUACUUCUCCACCAUACAGAUCCAUAGAAAUAACGAGCGUAUCACUAUCCUAUUCACAAUAAUCGAAACAUGUUAUUUUUAUACCGAUUGAUAGACAAAUUUAAGCAUAUCCAGCCAGGAAAAUGGUACGUAAAUUUAGUGUUUCAGAUGGUACAUUGUUUCGCUGAGAACGACUCAACCAACGAUGAAAGCCACACCAUUACGAACAUGCCGUUUUCUCAAUAUGGACAAUAUGUUGGUUCCUAGAAGCAUAAGAAAUAUUACAAUAGGUAGACCGUUGAAUGGAAAAUCGUCAAACAAAGUCUGAUCGAAAAAUUCGCACUAUUUACUGUCCUUUCCGUAGCAUGUUAUGUUUAUAUCGCCAACUAGAAAUACAAGUUUUAUCUGAAACUG